AUGGAUCAGAUCAAGAACCUCGCCGGCGGAAGCAACGGCGCCUCCAACACUGCCGGUGCCGGUCAGCAGAAGCAGGACCCCGUUGACAAGGUCUUCGACUUCGGCUCCAAGAAGGCUGGCCACGACUUUAGCCCCAGCACCGACGAGAAGAUCACCGACGCCGGCCGCGGCGUCUACGAGAAGGUGACCGGAAAGAAGGUCAACCCAAAGAUCUCCAACUAA